AUGGGGCGAGAUGAGGACGAGAUGAGGGGGGAGAUUGAGGAGAGGCUAAUUAACGAGGAGUACAAGAUUUGGAAGAAGAACACUCCGUUUCUUUACGAUCUGGUGAUUACUCACGCGCUAGAGUGGCCGUCGCUCACCGUUGAGUGGCUGCCGGACAGGGAAGAGCCUCCGGGGAAGGAAUAUUCCGUCCAGAAGAUGAUUCUUGGGACCCACACUUCUGAGAACGAACCCAAUUAUCUAAUGUUGGCCCAGGUCCAGCUCCCGUUAGAGGAUGCUGAAAAUGAUGCCCGCCAUUACGAUGAUGAUCGAUCGGAUUUUGGGGGAUUUGGGUGCGCAAAUGGCAAGGUGCAAAUAAUUCAGCAAAUAAAUCAUGAUGGGGAGGUUAAUCGGGCUCGUUACAUGCCUCAAAACCCAUUCAUUAUUGCUACCAAGACAGUUAGUGCGGAAGUAUAUGUUUUCGAUUAUAGCAAACAUCCAUCUAAGCCUCCUUUAGAUGGUGCUUGCAAUCCUGAUUUGAGGUUGAGGGGUCACAAUACUGAAGGCUAUGGUUUAUCAUGGAGUCAUUUCAAGCAGGGUCAUCUAUUGAGUGGUUCAGAUGACUCCCAAAUAUGCUUGUGGGACAUCAAUGCAACUCCAAGGAAUAAGACUCUUGAUGCAAUGCAAAUUUUUAAGAUUCAUGAAGGUGUUGUAGAAGAUGUAGCAUGGCAUCUCAGGCAUGAGUACUUGUUUGGUUCGGCUGGGGAUGAUCAAUACCUGCACAUAUGGGAUCUCCGUGCCCCAUCCGGCAGCAAGCCUAUUCAAUCUGUAAUUGCUCAUCAAAGUGAGGUGCAAAUAAUUCAGCAAAUAAAUCAUGAUGGGGAGGUUAAUCGGGCUCGUUAUAUGCCCCAAAACCCAUUCAUUAUUGCCACCAAGACAGUUAGUGCGGAAGUAUAUGUUUUUGAUUAUAGCAAACAUCCAUCUAAGCCUCCUUUAGAUGGUGCUUGCAAUCCUGAUUUGAGGUUGAGGGGUCACAAUACUGAAGGCUAUGGUUUAUCAUGGAGUCAUUUCAAGCAGGGUUAUCUAUUGAGUGGUUCAGAUGACUCCCAAAUAUGCUUGUGGGACAUCAAUGCAACUCCAAGGAAUAAGACUCUUGAUGCAAUGCAAAUUUUUAAGAUUCAUGAAGGCGUUGUAGAAGACGUAGCAUGGCAUCUCAGGCAUGAGUACUUGUUUGGUUCGGCAGGGGAUGAUCAAUACCUGCACAUAUGGGAUCUCCGUGCUCCAUCAGGCAGCAAGCCUAUUCAAUCUGUAAUUGCUCAUCAAAGUGAGGUGAACUGUUUAUCUUUCAAUCCUUUCAAUGAGUGGGUUGUAGCAACGGGAUCUACUGACAAGACUGUUAAAUUAUUCGAUCUACGCAAGAUUUCAACAGCACUCCAUACCUUUGAUUGUCACAAGGAGGAGGUUUUCCAGGUUGGUUGGAAUCCAAAGAACGAGACCAUCUUAGCUUCUUGUUGUCUUGGCAGGCGACUCAUGGUGUGGGAUCUUAGCAGGAUUGAAGCAGAACAGACGCCAGAGGAUGCUGAAGAUGGGCCGCCCGAGUUGCUUUUUAUUCACGGUGGUCAUACGAGUAAAAUUUCAGACUUCUCAUGGAACCCAUGUGAAGAUUGGGUUGUCGCAAGCGUAGCAGAGGAUAACAUACUACAAAUCUGGCAAAUGGCUGAGAAUAUUUAUCAUGACGAAGAUGAUCUACCCGGAGACGACUCCACUAGAGGAACCUAA